AUGACUUCAGGCAUCACCAGAUCUCCCCGAGCUGCCGCUGCUGGGGCACCCGAUUCAGCCUCACCUUCUCGUCAGCCCGCAACAAACCCAGCACAAUCCUCAUCCUCGCCAUCCACCGCCACCACACAACCACAAUCCAGCCCGCAGCCAGCCUUCCUAGGCCUCGGCCCCAAUUUUGCCCAUGACCCAAAGGCCCCCUUCACCGUGAGCUACGACCAAGAGGUCUAUCUCCAGCUGAUGGCAGGCGAAGAGGAUGCAGUGCAGACUGGCGUGGCUCCGGGUUCAUCGGGAUCAGGAUCAGGAUCAGGAACGGGGGGACCUAGUGCCGGAAACGGAACAGCUGGGACAAAGAAGAAUACCUUGAAAACGCCGACUCAGAUAUACCGCGAGGAAUGGGUCCGGCGCGCCUUGAACCCAGCGAUUUCUGAUCCGAGGGGCGAACCGAGCUCGAUUGAUUUUGAGUGUGCGGAAACGCAAAAGGCAAGGGAUAGGUUCUGA